AUAUAUGAAGUCCUGAAGUCAACUGAAUUGAGGGAGAAAUACAACAAUGUGCUGGAAUUUGGCUUGCCUGACUGGAGGCAGCCCAUAUACUACUACAGGAAAAUGCGAAAACUCGCCUGGUACGAGGCUAUUCUUGUGCUUGUCGGCGUGUCAACCAUUGCCCAUUACUUGAUGAUGUGGGCAGCUUACUACGAAAAAUACUUGGUUUUAUCGCAGAAUCUGAAAAAGUCUAGAAAGCGUGAAAAGAAGGGGGAGCCCGAGUGUUCGGCAACACAACUGCGAGAAGCAUUGGAAGUCUACCGGCCACAGUUUUAUGGUCUGCUACCCUUUCUCAUUGUCAAAGGUUCAUGGAGUGCUUUUAUGUCACUAAUUUCGAUGGCUCAGGAGUAUAUGACUCGCAGAGAACCAGAGGAAGAGGUUGAAGUUGUGGAGCCUCGCAGGCCUGCCCCAACCCCUCGAGCUCCAGAGUUCACUUACGAGAUGGCUACUGAUUUGAAACCCGUGAGCACUAACAAUCCCGAAUUAUACGCUAAGUAUAUGUCCGAACACGAGGAGUCUACCAAAAGUUUGUUUCCGAAUUGUCUUGAACUUUUCUUAUUUUUUGCUACUGUUACCAGCUGUUCCGCCAAA